AUGUUACGAGUCUUCAGACCCUUGUUGUUGUCUUCAAAGAACAAUUUAAAAAGUAGUAUAAGAAUCCCUAGGAACACCAAAUCUUAUUCACUCUCAAAUUUGUUUUCCCCUUUACCUUGUCUCUGUUCUACAAAUUACAAAACCAGAGUUAUUACUGCUACUGCAUCAAUGGCAACCACUUCUUUGAAUGUUCCGGUGGAGACUCUGCCGCCUGUGCUGGAUUCUACAUCAGAACCACCUUCGAUCUUCGAUGGAACAACGAGGUUGUACAUUUCUUAUGUUUGCCCUUAUGCUCAGCGUGCUUGGAUCACCAGGAACUCUAAGGGAUUGCAAGAAAAGAUCAAAUUGGUACCAAUUGAACUAAACAAUAAGCCUGAUUGGUACAAGGAGAAAGUGUACCCUCCAAAUAAGCUACCUGCACUUGAACAUAAUAAUCAAGUGAUAGGGGAGAGUCUUGAUGUGAUUAAGUAUCUCGAUACUAACUUUGAAGGGCCUACGCUUCUCCCAAACGACCCUGCCAAGAGAGAGCUCGCGGAGGAAUUACUAGCCUACACUGGAGAAUUUGGUGGAGGUGUCAUUCGCUCUGUCCUCAAGGGAAACCAAGAUUUUGGUGCUCAUUUUGAUUACCUAGAGGCAGCACUUUCCAAAUUUUCCGAUGGGCCUUUCUUCCUCGGUGAAUUCAGUUUGGCGGAUAUAGCUUAUGCUCCAUUUGUUGAAAGGUAUCAGAUGUUGCUGUUGGAUGUUAAGAAGUAUGAUAUCACGACUGGAAGGCCGAAGCUAGCGUCAUGGAUUGAGGAGUUGAACAAAAUCGACGGUUACAUACAAACCAAAUACGACCCUGCAGAGCUACUUGCAGCCAUGAAGCGCGUCUUUGGCAUUUGAAGACGCUACUCUGUGCUUGGAAAUCAUCCCCUUCAGCGUGUUGUUCAGUCGUAAAAUAUGAGUGAAAUGUUUUGUUGCCACUUGCCAGUUCUAGUUAUACUCAAACAACUACAUAUAUAAAUGCAUACGUAUUUUGCAGUUAUUUGUAUUUAGUGUUUUCGGUGUUACAAAUCCGUCUCAUUAUUAAUAAUAAAGUGCAAAUUACAUGGUUGAAGCU